GGUUAAAAGGAGGCACUGGUCUGGGGCAUUGGCGAGGAAACCCGAAACCGUCACGAGAUCCGGACGGAUAUCGAAGCCACCAAAUCGAUGGGUCUCGGAAUAACCGACAUGGCAUUGGGAAGAUAGCGUUGGCAGAGCCGCAGGGGGUGUCGCAAAGCAUACAUUUCGGGCGCAUGUUUCGGUGAUGUCCUGACUUAAGUUCCUGUAACCGUGUCAUUGGCCCCUUUCUCCCCUUCUUGUUCAUCUUCGCUCUUCCUCUUCUCCAACACUAUCCUGCGCUUGAAGAUCUGGCACAAGGAAUUGGGCAUGCGGGUCACCCGCAUUUAGGAAACCCCACACGCGUCAAAGCACGUGAUCUAGGGAUGUGGAAGGGGUGCGGUAUCUUUCCAGAAGUUGUCUUGCCUCCAAGAACCCUCACGUUCAUAGACGCGACAUAACGUAACAAUCUAUCCCCUCUAGGUAUUAUAUAAUUCCUCCAUUUUUGACGACCGAUGCCAGCCUCCAGCGGCGUACCCCCGGCCUACACCAGCCGAUGGAAAGUCAACUCCCUGCAAACGAGUGGGCGGUCUCGACACGCCGACAUUUCGAACCGCACCGUGACUCCGCAGCCGGCGAUAUGCAAGUACAACACCUCCUGCAACGCGUGUCGUAAGGCCCGCGUGAAAUGCUCGAGAGGGAACCCGUGUCGAAGGUGCGCUACAGCGGCGGAGCCCGAGUCAUGCGUGUAUAGCAUUUCCCGGCGGAGGGGCAAACGGAAAGCGAGCGACGGCCCCCAAGCUGAUGUGGGCCCCGAGGUGCACCUUGAGGAGGCGAUUUCUGUCCCGGUGGACGCCCCUGACACCCCUAACAUUGCCGCUGGAGAUCCGAUGACGGUACUGUUACAAGGGUGGAGCAAGGAACCUCUGUUUCCAUUGCCCUCAGAGAGUAUGAUAAAUGUCGUAGACUUUGCAAACCCCAUCGACAUGUUUCCGUCGACGGGUGCGACAACAGCUCCCAUUUCCACGACCAUCAUGGUCGCCAGCGAAGGCGAGAAAUGCCCGGAUGCAUGCUAUGCCUCCGUCCACGCCGCCUGCAACAAACUGAUCUCCACGCUCAAUCAGCGCGGCUCGGCAGGCCUUGACGUAUGCAUGACCGUCCUGGACUCGGCCUCGGAGCACGCGUGCAAGUAUCUGGCCUGCGUCCUCUGCGACACGGGCUGCACGCGUCUCAUGACGCUUGCACUGCUGCACCAGCGCCAGCUCAACCUCCUCUGCGACAUCUGCGCCAACCCGUCACUGUACCUUUGGGAUAAUGACAUGCGUGUAAGCUUGGGGAGCUAUCGACCACCAAACAGAGAGCGGGACGUGGCGGUCAAGCGGGCGAUGUUGCUCGGGGUGGCUAGCGGGGUGCGCGAGCGGGUGGAAGUGAUACGGGAUAGGUUGGAGGAAUUUGAGGACCGCAUCGAAAGGGGUGUGCUGGAGCUUGCUGAGGCCGGGAGAUUGAACUUGCAGUGGUUGCUUGCGAUCACCGGGAAUCUGGUCAGGAGGUUGGAUACUAUCAAAGCGCUGCUGGCUAGGGAGGACUGGGGACUGAAUACUGGGGCGAUUGGUACGAGGUAA